UGUUGACGAGGAUGUGGAGAAAGGGGAGCCCUCUUGAACUGUUGGUAAGAAUGCAAACUGGUGCAGCUACUCUGGACAACAGUAUGGAGAUUCCUCAAAAAGUUCAAACUUGAACUACUUUACUAUCAAAAAAUUUUACUGCUAGGUAUUUCCCUGAAGAAAACAAAGGGAUACAUGCACCCUGAUGUUUAUAGCAGCAUUAUCUACAAUAGCCAAGAUAUGGAAAUAACCAACUGAUGAAUGGAUAAAGAUGUGGUGUGUGUGUGUGUGUGUGUGUGUGUGUGUGUGUAUGUGUGUGUGUGUGUAAUAUUACUCAGCCAUAAAAAAGAAUGAAAUCUUGCCAUUUGUAAUGACAUGGGUAGAGUUGGAGAGUAUUACACUAAAUUGAAAUAUGUCAGUCAGAGAAAGACAAAUAGCUUUCCACAAAUGUGGAAUUUAAGACACAAAACAAAUGAGAAAAGGAAAAAGACAGAGAGAGAGAGAGAUAAACCAAGAGACUUUUAACUAAAGAGAACAAACGGAUGGUUAACCAGAGAGGAGGUAGGUGGGAGGAUGGGUUGAAUGGACAAUGGGGACUAAGGAGGGCACUUGCUGUGAUGAGCGCCAGGUGAUGUAUGAAGUGUGAAAUCACUAUUUUGUACACCUGAAACUAAUAUUACACUGUAUGUUAACUAACUGGAAUUUGAAUAAAAACAACAGCAACCUCACACACAAAAAAACAAAUAGAAAUGUCCAAGGGCACGUCUCAGAAAUUAUUAAGUUCCGUUUCACAGAAUUGUUCUGUUAUUUAACUCUUCUGUUAUUUAUACAUACAUACUCCUACAUUUUAUUAUAUGUGUGUCUAGACAUGCACAUGUUAUAAAAUAUAUUUCUUUUUAUCGAGCCUGGUCAAAAAGUUUGAAAAACACUGUCCUAAGCAUAAAUAUCCAUCACUUUGAGAACGCACAGAGCAGGCCAUUGGGAAUAGGACCCGAAGAAGAUAAAUUUUGAGAAGCAAGAAUCUAUAAGAACAAUCUGGAGCAUAGGCUGCUGCUCAAAGAAAGUUGAAAUCAGUAGAUUUUGAAGGAGUUUUGGCAAGUGGGAAGGUAGCGACGGGAGAGGACCGAAAUUCACCUAAGGGGAGAAGGUAAACACAAAGGUUGUAUGUGGUUCAUCGGUUAUUUUUCUUACUUCCCUAGAAAGCCCCGGAAGGGAUCGCUGCUGACACGUAGGCCACGCCUGUGGUAGUCUUUAUCCUGUCCCUAAUGCCUUUUUUCUCUUCUUGUAGACCAGAGGGCAAAGUGUGGGGGCCUGUCAGGGAUGUCAGGACUUGUGUGAGGGUUAAGGCGCACCCAGGAAACCAGACCGUGACCCCGGUUGAGUCCACGGGAAGGAGGGGGACCAGCUGAAGAUGAAAUUCCGCAUGCUCUGGCUCAUCUCUUUCUUCACACUCACCGACGGCGGGGAAGGCUUCCUAAGGAGAGAUGAAGGCAUGAAAACAAAAAGAGGACUCACUGUGAAUAAGAAAAAUCAUCCAGGCUCAGUCCAGGAAUAUGAGCUGCUGCUUCAGGUGGCCUACAGAGAUUCCAAGGAGAAGAGACACUUGAAGAAUUUUCUGAAGCUUUUGAAGCCUCCAUUGUUAUGGUUACAUGAACCAAUGAAGAUUAUCAGCGCAAAGGCCACCACAUAUUGUGGGCACCAGAAUGGGGUCCUGCAGUGUUCCUGUGAGGACGGCUAUUCCUGGUUCCCUCCCUCAUGCCUUGAUCCCCAGAAAUGCUACCUUCACACGGCCGGAGCCCUCCAGAGCUGUGACUGUCAUCUCAACAACCUCACCCAGAGCCUCAGUUUCUGCGAGAGAGCAAAGGUUUGGGGCACUUUCAAAAUCAAUGAACGGUUUACCAAAGACCUUUUGAAUUCAUCUUCUCCUUCAUAUUCCAAGUAUACAACUGGAAUUGAAAUUCAACUUAAAGAAGCAUUCAAAAGAAUUCAAGAUUUUGAGUCGGUUCAUGUCACCCAAUUUCGUCAUUAUAGGGAUGGAAGCAUCAUUGCUGGGUUUGAAGUUGUGGGUUCCAGCAGCACAUCUGAGCUGCUGUCAGCCAUCGAACAGGUGGCUGAGAAGGUGAAGGCAGGCCUUCGCAAGCUGUUCCCACUAGAAGAUGGCUCUUUCAGAGUAUUUGGAAAAGCCCAGUGUAACAGCAUUGUCUUUGGAUUUGGGUCCGGGAAUGACGAGUACACUCUUCCCUGUAGCAGCGGCUACACUGGAAACAUUACAGCCAGGUGCCAGCCCUCUGGGUGGCAGGUCCUCAGGGAGACAUGUGUACACUCUCAGCUGGACGAACUGAAGAAGAAUUUCAGUGUGAUCGCAGGCAAUGCCACUGAGGCAGCUGUGUCAUCCUUGGUGCGAAAUCUUUCAGUCGUCAUUCGGCAAAACCCAUCAACUACAGCUGGCAAUCUGGCUUCAGUGGUGUCCAUUCUGGACAACAUCUUGUCUCUGUCACUGUCAAGUCAUUUCAAGGUGUCCAAUUCAACCAUGGAGGAUGUCAUCAGUAUUGCUGACCACAUCCUUAAUUCAGCAUCAGUAACCAACUGGACGGUGUUACUGCAGGAAGAACAGCAUGCCAGCUCACGAUUACUGGAGACACUGGAAAAUAUCAGCAGCCUCGUACCUUCGACAGCUCUGCCCCUGAGUUUCUCUAGGGAAUUCAUUCACUGGAGAGGGAUUCCAGGGUCCCAAAGCCAACGUGAGAUGGGUUACAGCUAUGAGGCUAAAAUAUCGCCCCCAAAUACUUCUAUUCCCAUCAGAGGCCAUGUGUUAAUUGGGUCAGACCAAUUCCAGGGGUCCUUUCCAGAAACUAUUAUCAGCAUGGCCUCGUUGACCCUGGGGAAUAUUCUAUCCAUUGCCAAAAAUGGAAAUGCUCAGGUCAAUGGGCCAGUGAUAUCCACGGUUAUCCAAAACUAUUCCAUAAAUGAAAUUUUCCUGGUUUUUCCCAAGACAGAGUCAAAUCUGAGCCAGCCUCACUGUGUGUUUUGGGAUUUCAGGCAUUUGCAAUGGAACAAUGCGGGCUGCCACCUAGUGAAUGAAACUCCAGACACGGUGACGUGCCAAUGUACUCACCUGACCUCCUUCUCCAUACUGAUGUCACCCUUUGUCCCCCCUGCCAUCAUCCCCUUUGUAAAAUGGAUCACUUUUGUGGGACUGGGCAUCUCCAUCGGAAGUCUCACCUUAUGCCUAAUCAUUGAAGCUCUAUUUUGGAAGCAGGUCAAGAAAAACCAAACUUCCUACACGCGCCAUAUUUGCAUGGUGAACAUAGCCUUGUGCCUCCUGAUUGCUGAUGUUUGGUUUAUCGUUGCUGCCACUGCAGACUCCCCAGUAAGCUUUUCUGGAGUCUGCAUAGCUGCAGUGUUUUUUAUGCACUUUUUCUACCUCUCCUUGUUCUUUUGGAUGCUCAUGCUUGGCAUCCUGCUAGCUUAUCGGAUCCUCUUUGUGUUCCAUCACACGGGUCUGCAUUUGAUGAUGGCUUUCGGGUUCUGCCUGGGCUACGGGUGCCCUCUCAUCAUAUCUGUCAUCACCAUUGCCGUCACGCAACCUGGCAAUGGCUACGAAAGGAAAGACGUGUGUUGGCUUAAUUGGUCUGAUAAGAGCAAACCCCUCUUGGCCUUUGCUGUUCCUGCACUGACUAUUGUGGCUGUGAAUUUGGUUGUGGUGCUAUUAGUUCUCACAAAGCUCUGGAGGCCCACUGUUGGAGAAAGGCCGAGUCAGGACAACAAGGCCACUAUUGUCCGCAUGGGGAAGAGCCUCCUCAUCCUGACCCCUCUGCUGGGGCUCACCUGGGGCUUUGGCAUAGGAACAAUAGUGGACAGCCGGAAUCUGGCUUGGCAUGUUAUUUUUGCAUUACUCAAUGCAUUCCAGGGUUUUUUCAUCUUAUGUUUUGGAAUGCUCUGGGAUAGUAAGCUGCGACAAUUGCUGUUCAACAAAUUGACUCCUUUAAGCUCUCAGAAGCAAGCAUCAAAGCAGAACUCAACAGAUGUAUCUGCCAAACCCAAAUUCCCAAAGCCUUUCAACCCACUGCAACACAAAGGCAUUUAUGCUCUUUCCCAUACUGGAGAAUCGUCAAAUGACAUCAUGCUAACCCAGUUUUUAUCAACUGAGUAAGGCUGCGAACCAUAAAAUCAAGGGAAAUUUUUGGUGCAACUUGACAUUUAGAACUAAAUGUCAGUGAAAAAAUUAGCACAAUAUUGGAUGGAAUUUUCUGAUGUGGGCAUCUGGAAUAAAAUGAGAAGGUUUCAGCAGCUCUA